UAUAGAUCUCAGAGAAAACUUUAUGAAGAAGUUGAAAAACAGCUCCCAUCUAACUUCUCAAAAAAUGCAAUUAAGAAAAGAAUAGAAAGAGCAAGAAAAAUUUAUGACCUUUUUAGUAGCAUAGGUGAGGAUAAAAUACAGCAGGUAAGAACUUAUUCGGCAUUGAGAAUUUCUAAAUUAAGUUGUGAUGAAAUAGAUGCUAUAGAAGAGGAGUUUGAAUAA